CCCACGAAGCUUUGCGACGUCACUUGACAUUUAGGUGGUUUCACAUGACAGGUACAUCAACAAAUCCCUGACUUGGUUUUGAGAACAAGUUAAAGCCAGUAACCUACUUCCCUGAUAGCUGAAUUGAUGUACUCAACGCAUAAAAAGAAGAGCAAUCUCACAGGUUAUGUCAAUCAUGGCUCCUGCAUCCGAUAAAAAUCUAACAGGACUUGUUGCAGCUACAUUUACCCCAUUCACCUCAGAAGGUGAAAUCAACCUAUCAGAGAUUGGACCUUAUAUUGACUACUUGACAGAGAAGCAAGGUGUAAAUAGCGUAUUUGUGAAUGGCACCACCGGAGAGAGCAUGUCUCUCAGUGUGGCAGAGAGGAAGAUCCUGGCUGAGGCGUGGUGUCAGAAAGCAAAGGGAAAAUUGGAUCAGGUGAUCGUGCAUGUCGGCUGCAUGAGUCUGAAAGAUUCCCAAGAACUGGCUCGCCAUGCAGAACAGAUCGGGGCUGAUGGGAUAGCAGCCAUUGCCCCCUCUUUCUUCAAGCCCAGCACUGCAGACACACUGAGGACGUUCCUCUAUGAAGUGACUUCAGUUGCUCCAACUGUGCCCUUCUAUUAUUAUCAUCUUCCAGAUUUCACCGGUGUUAAAGUACUGGGGAGGGAUGUGUUGGAAGGUAUUGAGAAGCUCAUUCCCUCCUUCAGAGGACUGAAGUUCACUGGCAAUGACCUGAUGGACUUUGGCCAGUGUGUCAGCCACAGUCAACCCCACUGGUCAGUCCUCUACGGCGUGGACGAGCAACUGCUUGCAGCACUGGUUAUGGGAGCCCAGGGAGCAGUUGGCAGCACAUACAAUUAUAUGGGAUGUCAUGUCAACAAGCUCAUAUCAGCAUUCGAGAAAGGUGACCUUAACCAAGCCAGAGCAAUACAGUUCAAGAUGCAAGAGCUUAUCAGCUAUGCCAAGAAACUUGGUUUUGAUCUGGGAGUGAACAAGCAGCUGAUGAAUGAGUUGUCAGGCUUGAGUCUGGGGCCCCCUCGACUCCCCGUGAUGCCGUGUCCUUAUACCCACGCUCUGUCUAUUGCACAGAAAUAUCACAGCAUAUUUCCUGAAUGCUGAUUUGUUCACACUUGAUUGUUUAAGCUCCCCACUCCCCCAAUUUACCUUACCGUUAAUUUACCUUAGACCUGCACUAAUUCUAUUAUAUACUGUGUCUUGCUGCCUUACAAAAGCAGCAAUUUUGAACACUCUGCAGCAAACCUCACUCUUAAAUAGGAUAGGAAUAAUCCACAUUUUCAUUUUUCAAACUUUCGAAUGAUAAAUUUGCAUUUAAGUGGCUUUGUGCAAACAGUUCCAGUUGCACAGUCAGAAAACAGUUUAGGGUUAGAUAAAGCUGUAAAAUCAAUCCAAAAUGAUCUCAGAACUAUACAGAAAAUUUACAUUUUUAGCUUUUAAAUAUCCUGGAACCCGCACACUCUACUGUUGUGCUGAAAGGCCUUCAUGUGACAAAGGGAUUCACAAGAGUAUGUUCUCUUGUUUCAGCAUACAACAAUAUUUUUUUAUGGGCAUUCUCUAUUUACAUAUUUUUCAAGAGUUCCAAUAUGUCAACAAAUACUUAAAUCUCAACAUUUAGCAUUUCAUAGGAUGAGAACAAUAACUAACUUUCAUUGCCUGGAGAAAUGUAGCACUUUUGCUACAUUAGAGGAACUGGGCGUUGUCACAAAUCAGCAGUAUUGUUGUUAUUAUCCUGCACAGUCCAUUGCCGAAUAUUAUUUUAGCAUGCAGACCUUAUUUUGUAAGAUGUGUUUUGUCUCUGUCCAUCAUUGUCAUCAGUCAAACAAAAGUUCAAUAAUUUUUGAUGGUUUUUCCACCUUGAAAAUCACAGUUAUGGAAAAACCCUGCCCUUGAGCUGCCCCCAUCCGAGGUAGGAUGAUGGAGGCAGAAAGAGCAAUACAAAAAACACUUUCAUGAAUCAAUUGUCUGGGACAAGUAGUUACAAGGGAGCAUAAAACACUCGUAAAUGAGAUUCAACCCAUGUUGUUGUUAUUAAGUGUAUGUUCUGUGUAUGGCAUUAAAAGGGAAAUCUGUUGUGUAAUGAAGAAUCUUUGCUUUGUAUUAUGACAAAUAAUCACAGUUUUCUUAGUAAUAAAUGCGCUGAUCCAUUUGUUGGUUCACACACUGA